AUGGCUGCUGUCAACGAGACCAGGCAGAUUAUCAACAAUGAUCCCUUUUCCUCGGCACAAGACAUACAGCAACAGCACAAUAGCGGGAACCAAUCUACAGAUCAAUUACGAUCAUCAAGAGAUGAGGGCGAGGAGACAGCUCGCAACUCAUGGAGCGAGGAACAUAGCCAUCAACAGCAAGAAUUAAACAGAAAAAAUGACGACGACGACGACAACAACAACAACAAUAGUAAUCAGCAAGGAAGUGGAAACGCCGGUAAUAGCAACACCAAUAAUGAGCAGAACCAACGAAUUAGCGAACAAAACCAAGCUGCACAACAGUCAUGGUACCAACGCACGGUGGAGAAAUACGGCGCCUUGGAACUGGACAAUAAGGGCAGUGUCGCGCGAGACCAUCUCGCUUUGGAACGAACGUUCCUUGCAUGGCUCCGCACAUCCCUCUCCUUUGCCUCCAUCGGCAUCGCCGUAACACAACUCUUCCGGCUAAACAGCACUAUAACCUGUGACGACAAAACCUCCACAUCCUCCGAAAUCUCCUCGAACCAUUUACUGUCACCACCAUCAUCAUCGUCAUCAUCUCUCCUCGAAAUCCUCCUCGCUCCCCCAUCAUCCAACAAAAACAACGGGAAUUCCACCACGCGGUUCCGUAACAUCGGAAAACCGCUCGGCGCAACAUUUAUCGGCAUCGCGAUUCUGAUUCUGGUCAUUGGAUUCCAUCGCUAUUUUGAAGCGCAGUAUUGGAUUGUGCGCGGCAAGUUUCCUGCGAGUCGCGGUAGUGUUGCAUUGGUGUCGUUUGUGGCGGGCGGGUUGGUAAUUGCGAGUUUUGUGGUUAUUCUGGCGGUUGCACCGAACGCGAUGGAGUUAUGA